AUGAGAAUACACAUUCUUGGUUUCGCGCUGCUCUGCUUUUUGACAUGGGUAGAAUGUGCUGUCGAGAGCGGUCUUGCAGACAAACAGGCAAAUCUCAGACGGAUGCCGUUACGACGCGCCAGACUAAACAAAGCGAGGCGGCAUCCCGGCUUUCUAUCUAGGGAGGGCAGUCGCAUACGUACCGCUCCUCCGUUAGCAGAGAUCAAAGGACGACGUGAAGACAUGCAGGGAGACGAAAGUAGGACUCAGCAAGCGCGGAGGUUGCUGACACGGCGGAGACCAGUGCAUGGCGGGGUCCCGAUCCAGCACAGCAUGGUGCAGGAUGACGGGACACCUGGAGCUCGCGCAAGGGUGUCUCGCAUGCCUAGUGGUGCAGGUUCCCCUAACUUACUUGCCACCUUCGCAGGGAAAAAUAGAUUGCUGGUCAUUUCAGCCCCCCAUGAGUCUGAUGGUUACUACCGACUUAUGAUGAGUCUACUGAAGCCAGAUGUUUACUGCGAACUGGCUGAUCGUCAUGUACAUCAGAUUGUUAUGUUCCACCAGGAGGGGGAGCAGGGUGGGAAAGUGCGCCGCAUUACCAAUGAGGGCAAAGUGAUGGAGGAACCCUUGGAUACGGCACUCAUUCCCAGGCUCAUGAACUUCCUCAAGCUUGAAAAGGGUAAAUUUGGGAUGGUGCUCCUAAAAAAAACACUUCAAGUUGAGGAGCGUUACCCUUACCCUGUCAGACUGGAGGCAAUGUAUGAGGUCAUUGACCAAACACCCAUGCGUAAGAUGGAGAAGGUUCGACAGAAGGGUUUUGUUCAGAAAUGCAGAGGUGCUGGGGUGGAGGGUCAGGUGGUAGAGGGCAGCUACAACACAGAGACCCAGGUGAACCUUCCCACUGAGGGGAGGCCAGAAAGAAAGGAGGUGCGCAAGCCCAUCCGCAGACCUACCCAGUCCACCACCACUCUUGCAACCACCACAACAAGGUCUACUACUACUACCACCACAACUACCACCACAACCACCAGACCUACAACUACAACCACCACUACCCGUCCCACUACGACCACAAAGCCGACCACAACUACCAGGGCAACUACAACCACCACACGUCCCACAACUAUUGUCACUACUCUGAGGCCAACAAAGGCCCCAACAGCCCCACACUGGAUCCCAGUGCCUAGGAUCACCCCUGAGCCUCACCAUUACGGCCGUCGGAACAGACAACAGGUCAGAACCACCCCCAGUCCUACCACCCCCUCAGACUAUUACACCAAGGCACACAGUGGCCGAUAUAGAGAUAAUCGCACAGACAAAAAGGACUACAAUCACAAGCAGGACAGUGUCCAGCCAACUCAAAUAAAGCCUACCAAAGCUAAGCCACCCAAGAGGAAAAAUGGUAGCAAAGUGCUGAGUAAUGCCCAUGAAGAUAAAUACGGUUUGGGUAAACCCACAGACAGUUACCCUGAUGCAAAAGAAGUAGAGGUGGCAGAGGUCUUUCCCACAAAGAGAAGUAAGGGCAAACAGGACAAGUCAGAGAAAAGGAAGAAAAAGGACAAGCCAGAAAAAUCAAUAAAGAAAGACAAAGCAGAUAGAAGGCUAAAGGAAGGGAAAGGCAAUAAAAAGAAUGGAAAGAAGUUCUCAAAGAACCACGAGAAAGAGGAAUACCACAAACCUACAAAGAAACCAGCACCGCCCAAAGGAACUCUGGAAACUUUCUUGGACUACUUUGAGGGCAGAAGGCGGCUUAUACUGAUCACCUCUCCAACUGAGGAGAACAGCAUGUAUGUCCAGCAGAGAGAUGAGUAUCUUGAACAUGUGUGUGAGAUGGCUAUCAGGAAAGUCUCUAUAAUUACCAUCUUUGGCAGUUUAACAAACAGCACCAUGAAAAUCGACCAUUACCAGCUUGAGAACGACAGGCCAAUGAAAGGCUUGAGGCAGGAAGACCUGGUGAAUCAGGACCUCAUUACUGAACUAAGGAAGGAGUUUGGAAUGACCUACAAUGAUUUCUUCAUGGUGUUGACUGACUUUGACAUGAAAGUGAAGCAAUACUAUGAAGUGCCCAUUGCUAUGAAAGCCGUGUUUGACUUCCUCGACACAUUUGCCUCUCGCAUCAGAGAGAUGGAGCAGCAGAAACGAGAUGGAGUAGUGUGUAGGAAAGAAGACAAGCCAAGAUCUUUGGAGAACUUCCUGUCCAGGUUUCGCUGGAGGCGCAGGUUGUUUGUCAUAUCUGCCCCAAAUGAUGAAGAGUGGGCCUAUCAGCAGCAGCUCUAUGCCCUCAGCAGUCAGGCAUGUAACCUGGGCCUUCGGCACAUCUCCGUGUUGAAGCUGGUGGGGACGGAGCCAGUGGACAUGGGUGGAGUACUGGAGCUUUAUCCCAUUAAUGGCAGUGCCACGGUGGAACGGGAGGGUCUGUCUGCCACUCUCGUGAAGGACAUCAGGAACUACUUCCAGAUCAGUCCAGAGUAUUUCUCCAUGUUGCUGGUGGGAAAAGAUGGUAACGUGAAAUCCUGGUACCCCUCUCCCAUGUGGUCUAUGGCCAUCAUCUAUGACCUGAUUGACUCAAUGCAGCUGCGCCGGCAGGAGAUGGCCAUCCAGCAGUCUCUCGGUAUGCGAUGCCCUGAGGACGAAUAUGGUGGCUAUGGUUACCACCAUGGCUACCAUGACGGUUAUCAGGAAGGCUAUCACCAAGGAUAUGGUUAUUAA